CGCAGUGUGUGUAGCUCGGCUGACCUCGCGUUGAAUGGACUAGAUUCCCAGCCACGUAAGUACAACAGCACCACGGGAGAGGAUGUCUUGCUGAAUCAAGGGAUAGGCCUGAGAAAGUCGGCCGGCCGUCCCUUUUUUUUUUCCUCCUUCCAGCAAAUGUGAAAGCAGCAGACGGCAUUUCCUCUGGAUUUAAAAAAAAAAAAAAACGACAUCGUCGCCGAGAGGAAGGACAUCGACUCCCGUAACACACAACAAAGGCUCAGCACUUACAUGGAUGGGGUCCGCUGUGCAUGGAUAUGAUCCGGGGAACAAGGCCGUGCACUGACCUGGUCCUAGUUAGCAACGAAGCUAACUAGAUAGUCCUGCACCUGCUAGCCAUCGCUCAAGUGUCGAUUUAGCGUUAUUUAAUGUCAGCCGUUAAAGCUUGUAAUACUUGAUUUUUUUCCUUUCUUCUUUCGCUGCUUUUUCCCUCCCUCUCCUGUGCCUGCAAGCUGUAUCCAAUGAGUUGUUUCUGUUUUUUAUGAAACGUGCCAUACCGUUAACCGGCGAGAUCAGCUAGCAUUAUAGGCUGCGAGCUAACUUGGCAGUCUUCAUUCAUUUGCAAAGCUGACGUUUCGGUAGCGUUGCCUUUGUUGCAGUUUGUCUACUUUAGCCACUCGGCACAGCCUGCAGAAUGCAGCAGAUCCGCGCGUAGAUUUGCAGUCGAUCUGGGAGUUUAACGCGUUUCCUGUAAGUCCUGCUUCCUCUCUCGGAUGGACAACGAAAAGAGCCAAGGACUAGCUUAACUUUGCAAAUAAUCGCAGACCGAUUCCUUUUUUUGAUUUGCAUGAAAAUUGGCCAAGCUGCUAUGAAUGUCGAUCACCAUUGUUCGACAAUCGGCCAGAACUUGCCACAGCGAUUGAGUUAGAUAUCAUUUAAAACCAUUAUUAUUAUUUUGUUCCCAAGACCAGCUAGAAAACAUUGGGGCAAUCGCGAUAUCAUUGGACUUUAUUCGUUUUUAACAACCGAAAAGUGGUUCCUUGGCAAGAAGAAUAAGGAGGAAGCCCUCCAGCCUCCCUCCCCCCCUCCUUUCCUCCCUCCCUCCCCACCCCGAUUUUGUGGAGUUAUUACAUCCAUUCCUCAUGAACAUACAGAGGUCAAAUCCCAUUAACAUUUCACGUUAUGGGAGAUCACGGCACAAAUCGCACGACUUCGAAGAAUUGUCUUGUCUGAGGGCCACCGAGUCGAGUCAGAGUUUCAGCCCCAAUCUCGGGUCCCCCAGCCCGCCGGAGACACCGGACUCAUCGCACUGUAUCUCCCGCAUCGGGGAUUACCUUUUGUUGGAGCCGCUGGAGGGAGACCACGUUUUCCGAGCCGCCCACCUGCACAGCGGGGAAGAGCUCGUAUGUAAGGUGUUUGAUAUCAGCCGCUAUCAGGAGUCACUGGCAGCCUACUUUGCCCUUGGCAGGCACCAGCACAUCAAUCAAAUCCUGGAGAUCUUGCUCGGCGAGACACGCGCCUACGUUUUCUUUGAGAGGAGCUAUGGUGACAUGCACUCUUUCGUCCGUACCUGCAAGAAGCUGCGGGAGGACGAGGCUGCCCGACUCUUCUAUCAGAUAGCCUCGGCUGUGGCACACUGCCACGACAACGGACUGGUCCUCCGCGACCUCAAACUGAGAAAGUUUGUCUUUAAGAAUGAGGACAGGAGCCUUGUGAAGCUUGAGAGCCUUGAGGACACUUACAUCUUGGAUGGUCAUGAUGACUCCCUGUCAGACAAACAUGGUUGCCCGGCAUAUGUAAGUCCCGAGAUCCUCAAUGCCAACGGCAGCUACUCGGGUAAGGCAGCUGAUGUCUGGAGCCUGGGCGUCAUGCUUUACACCAUCCUGGUGGGCCGCUACCCUUUCCACGACGUCGAGCCUGGCUCCUUGUUCAGCAAGAUCCGCCGAGGCCACUUCAGCAUCCCAGAGACGCUCACACCCAAGGCCAAGUGCCUGAUCCGCUCCAUCCUCCGCCGUGAGCCCGCAGAGCGCCUCACCUCACGGGAAAUUCUGGAGCACCCCUGGUUUGCCUCCUCCAGGGCAAUAGGGGGCGCUGGGGUGCAUGGAAGAGGGGAGCGCGAGCAGGAGCAGAUGGUGCCUGAGGUGAACAUGGAGGAGGAGCUGGAGCAGUUCUUCAGCUGAGCCAAUAUCUGAGCACAAAGGGACAAAUUCUCCGCCACGGACGGCUCGCCAUGCUCACAGCGGAGCCAAAACUGUAGUUUAUAGAGAUUAGCAGGUGUACAUUUGUCACUUAAAAUAAAGGUGUUUCCAUCCCGUUUUCUUUCCACCAUUCCAUGGAAAACCUUGAGCCUGGCUCAUGGCAUGACAAAUGGCAUCUACACGUCACCUCGGGACGCACUUCCACUCAGGGUUGUCGCCGCCCGACAUGCAAGUCGCAGACGAUGUAGCAAAUGUUCUUUUGGAUCUGUUUGGUUUCAUGUGGUGCUCUUAAAAGUAGAGACGCACACCAUUCUUGACACUACAGAAAACAGGAAGGGACAGGAAAAGAGACAAAAGACCAGGGAGAACAAUUCGAUAUAGACUGAGAAAUUGCAUCACCACUCCCUUACAGUACGCGUUUUGUUCUUCUCAUAGCUUUAGGUAGCAUCGGUCCAUGAUCAGAGACCCAGGAUCAGGAAUCACUGCUAUCAAGUACUAUCUUUUAAUAGGUCAAUGUGAUAUUACUGACCCUGGACCACUGGUCAAAGGACAGCGGCUUCUGCCUCUCCUUGCAAUCAUCACAAUAGAUGACCUCAUCUUUGUUUUGUGUUUUUGUUUUAUCAUUUCUGAUUUGUGUCUAACCUGAUGUUUUACUUUACUCAGAGUUACUCUUUAGCUUUUACUUAGACGGUCUCUAAACUCCCAUGUUGGUUUUUUUUUGUGUUCCCUCUAAGUUGUGUAAUUGAGCCUCAUUAUGUUGAGGCAGUGUCUUCAUUGCUCUACUUUUCAUUUGUCAAUAACAAGACAUUUCUUUUGAACUGUCACUUUUUCUUUUUUUUUUUGCUAUUCCAUUCUAUCUUUACUGCUGCUUUAACCUCCCUUCCUAAACCUCAAAUUGCAACCAUUCUCUUGGUAAGCCUCCAAAUGUGGCAUCGUGCACUUGGCGUGUUAUGGUAAGGUGAAUGAAUGAUUCCACCUCUUAAAACUAGCUUCCUCUUAUUUAAAUUCAUUUUUCAUUUGUAGGAACGGGAAAAAAAAAACUUAACAUUUAUUUAAAUUGUAACAACUAUAUAUGAAUAUAAAUAUAUAAAUAUAUAUAUAAAUAUAUAUAUUUAAAAAUUGCAGGGUUUUUUCUUCAUUCAGAGAUUUCCUUUUUUCAUGUAUAAUGUAGGCAAUAUCUUUGACACAGGACAGGCACAAAGGGGAAGACAUCGUCUGUCUCAAGUUUUGGAAUAUAUCUUCUGUGCCAGUAUUUCUGCACCUGACCGCCCAUGCCACCCGGUCCCCUUUGUUUCUUUUAAAACUUGAUACGAGUUAUUAUCACAGUGAUGCUAUUGCUAUGACGUGGUCUCUCCAGGACCUCAUGUUAGUUUUCUACUGCCUGCGUAGGUUCUGUGAAAUGAUCAUGUUCUGAAUGGGUACCAGUGGACAUGUUUUGUCGUAUCUCAAUGUUACUUGAAUUCGUGUGUUUAUCUAGUCAUUGGCAUGUGCCCUAUGAAUGCUAUAGCCUGCCUAGCAGGGGAGGAGGGGUGGGGGGUGGGGUCGUCUUUUUUUCCCUUUUUUUUUUGAUGGUUUUUCCUUUCAAGAAAAAGUUUUAAAAACGUGACAACUCUUGACUUGCUACCUUCUGAGUUGCGUUCAAAAACAACUAUUGCUUUCAUUUUUGUUUUGUAAAAACGAGCUACCCUUAUUUAAGUUGGUGCUGAUUUGGUGCUAAUGUUAAGUCCUUUUGUUUCAUGGAGGGGGGUGAUGCAUGGUGGGAUAUCUGCCUCGGAUGUUCGGAUGUUCUGAUUGUAUCGUUACAGAUUCUGGUGUUUUGUCCAAAUUUAUUCAGUAAAUAAAUUGUGAA